AUGGCCAGCGGAAUGUCAAGAAACUCUUACGACGAUGAUCAUGCCGUACUCGACGAUGACUUCCUCAAUGAUGAAGUCGAACCUGACGAACCCUCCUACAACACUUCCGAUCGCACCCCUUUAACGGGCAACAUUCAAUCGUCAUCUUCCAGCGCGCCCCUGAAUCAGAGUUAUUUGACUUCUAGGAUACCCGGUGAAGACAGACAUGCGCCACAAAAUACCAUUGAUGAGAGUGUUUGGGACACAGUAUCUCGAGACUUGUUCGCAGUAUGGGAGAAAAUGAAGCAAGUCCUCUACCCCAAGUAUUUGCUAGGAGGCAUGCUCCAGAGACAAGGCACCGGCAUGGGUGAUGUCGAGAAUCAAGGAGGAGGGUUGGGGAGAGACCUCAGAGGGCUCUUGGGACACUGGCCGGACGCAGAUGGAAUCUUGCAGGGAGGGAUGAGUGAGGGUCUAAGAGAUUGGGAUCUAUGGGGGCCUCUAAUAUUCUGCUUGCUGUUGAGCGUCUUCCUCUCCAUGCGUGCCAGCAAAGGCCAAACCGACCUGGUCUUUUCCGGUGUCUUCUCCCUGGUCUGGAUCGGCGAGGCUGUGGUGACCCUUCAGAUCAAACUGCUCGGAGGGAACAUCUCGUUCAUGCAAUCCGUCUCCAUCAUUGGGUAUACCCUGUUCCCCCUGACCAUUGCUGCCCUACUCAGCGCCGUUGGCUUACCCACUAUUGCGCGCAUUCCUGUCUACAUUGUCCUUGUUGCAUGGUCACUUGCAGCCGGAGUUAGUAUCCUCGGAGGAUCAGGGGUUGUCAAGAAUAGGGUGGCUCUCAGCGUCUAUCCUCUCUUGGUCUUCUAUGUCAGUCUCGGCUGCCUUUGUUUUAUUAGUUAG